AGCCGUUCUAGACUCGACAUCUUUAUUGGGCGGCGCUCUAUCCUCCAAUAGCUAGUCUCGUUUGCUCUGGGCGGGUGACAUUGGGAGACGCUCUAUCCCUGAACGCACUCUCUUGUCCCUGGCUCUGGAGGUCACUUUCCAUUCGUAGUACAGGCCUCAGAGAGAUACCCGGCAUGGCUCAGGCGGCACAGAAGCUCGUGAAGACCCUCGCUGUAAAGACGCCUCAGCUUGUGAGCGCUGCUGUCAGCUACUCUAAGCCACGGCUUGCAACUUUCUGGUACUAUGCCCGGGUAGAGCUGACACCUCCAGGUCCUGCAGAAAUUCCAAAAGCCAUUGAGAGCAUUAAGGGAUUGGCACAGUCCUUCCAGAGGGGCAGGUUGUCUGAAAUAACUGUUAGGGAAGCCUUGAGAAAUGGCCUGGUCGCAACUGAGGUCCUCUUUUGGUUCUAUAUUGGAGAAUGCAUCGGGAAAGGAGGACUGAUUGGUUACAAUGUUUGAGAAGUUUAUCAGUUCUAGUUUCUUAAUAGUGCACUGACCUGUAUCUGUAAAAGUGAUGGACUCAAUAAAUAGACCUUCAAGAGGCAUCCCACUGUUCAACUUAAACAUUA